AUGCACUUCCUUACUAUUUUCUCUUUGGCUCAGGCCGUCAUGGCGGCUCCUCUCAUUAUCCCUCGUGGGGCUGACGAGGCUGAAAGCAAGUACAUCGUCGUCAUGAAGACUACCGCGGUUUCUCAGGCUGUUAUUAGCACAAUUUCUAAGAUUGCAUCCAAUGCCGACUACACCUACUCCAAUCUUUUCAACGGCUUCUCAGCUAGCCUUACCAAAUACGAGCUGAAAGAUCUACUCAACAACCCCAACAUCGAUUUCAUUGAAAAGGUCUCCACCUUGCAUGGAGCAUCAACACAGAAAAACGCACCCUGGGGUCUAGCCCGUAUCUCCAACAAACUACCGGGCAAGGAUCAUACAACCUACACCUAUGAAGAAAGUGCCGGUGAAGGCACAUGCACUUAUGUUCUCGACACAGGCAUUGAAGUCGACCACCCUGAAUUCGAGGGCCGCGCCAGAUUCGUGCAGAACUUUGUUGAUAACGCUGACUUGGAUGCUAACGGUCAUGGGACUCAUAUUGCGGGCACCAUUGGGUCUAAAACGUAUGUUGUCGCAAAGAAGACGCAGCUCUUCGCUGUCAAGGUUCUAAAUGAGCAUACAGCGGGUCAGACGUCGGGAAUUCUCGCGGGCAUGGACUUUAUUGUUGAGGAUGCUGCUACGCGCAAAUGUCCCAAGGGUAUUGUGGUGAACAUGUCUGUCAGCGUUGCUUCUUCACCUGCUAUCAACGCAGCGGCUCGAUAUAUCGUGAAAUCGGGUUAUUUUCUUGCUGUAGCAGCUGGUAACGACGACACAGACGCAUCUCACGUUUCGCCAAGCAAUGAGCCUAUGACCUGUACUGUUGGAGCAACCGCCCAGAACGAUACUAGAGCCUCAUUCUCCAACUACGGUGUUUCUGUGGACGUGUUUGCCCCUGGCGUCGAUAUCAAAAGUACCUGGAUCAAAGGAGGUGUCAAACUCGAGUCAGGCACAUCAAUGGCAACACCACACGUCACUGGCCUCGCGGCUUAUCUUCUGGGCCUCAAGGAUAUCAAGGCAUCAGAAUUAUGCAACCUUAUUGCAUCCAUGUCUCUGAAAGACGUCAUGAAGGGUAUUCCUGAAAACACGGUCAACCUCUUAAUCCAGAACGGCGAAGCGAUGUAA